AACCGAUUUGACAUUUCAAUCUCAUUACUAAGAUAAUUCUCUGAUGGAACAACAACCUCCACGCUCGCUCGCGAACGUCAAGCACAUUGUGUUGGUUCUCUCGGGGAAAGGUGGUGUAGGAAAGUCGUCUGUGACUACCCAAACGGCGUUGACAUUGGUAAAUAAAGGUUUUGAUGUGGGGGUACUAGAUAUAGACUUGACGGGACCCUCUCUUCCAAGAAUGUUUGGAGUCGAGAAAAAACAAGUUUUCCAGUCCACAAACGGAUGGGUGCCUGUACUGGUGUAUAGCAAUGCGUUGGAUCCGGUGGAGAAGAACGGCAAGACAAGAAGAGGUAACUUAUCGUUGAUGUCGCUAGGAUUUCUUCUUGGGGAUAGAGGAAACUCUGUUGUGUGGAGAGGCCCCAAAAAAACAGCAAUGAUACGACAGUUCCUCAAGGAUGUGGUAUGGAAUAGUGGCCUGCUGUCGAAGCCUUUGGACUAUUUAAUCAUCGAUACACCUCCAGGUACAUCUGACGAGCAUAUUGCCAUAGCAGAAGAAUUGAGAUGGGCUCUGCCUAUUGACGGGGCUAUAAUCGUCACCACUCCACAGCAGGUGGCCACGGCUGACGUGAGGAAAGAAAUCAACUUUUGCCAAAAAAUUGAGUUGGAUAUCUUGGGAAUUGUAGAGAACAUGAGUGGAUUUAUAUGCCCAUACUGCGCAGAGUGUACUAAUAUCUUUCUGAGUGGUGGAGGUAAAGCUUUGAGUGAGAGCUUGAACCUCGACUUUCUUGGGAACAUUCCCAUUGCUCCAAAGUUUGUGGAGUUUAUUGAAAUGCAAGAUAACGAAGAAAACGACGGGAAGAGGAAGCUCAUCGACUUGUACGAGGAGUGUGAACUAAGCCCGAUUAUGAACGGUGUCAUCGAUAAGAUUCUUGCCAAGGACCUUCCAUCGAGAAUAUGACAGCCAUUUCCACAAUUAAUCUACACAUUUGGCUGGAGCUACUUUAACUGCAUUUUCAUAUCUUUACAUGUACAUUGAAUAUUCAUUGCAUCAUCUAUUUGUUGGCCUUUUUCCAUUUGAUGAUCCUUCUCUUCAAAUCUCCUGCACUUUGCUGGUAUAUGUUCAACUUCUUGUCCCACUUCAUCUUUUCAUAGUCAUCUCCAUACUUUUCAUAAAGGCUUGUUAACCAGUCGCUUUCUCUUUCGGAUUGAACUCUCUCUUUAACUAUGCUGGCAUUUUUGAGGGCUGUUUUCUGCAACUCUUGAACGACUUCUGAAUCUUCUUUCUGGUUCUGUGUACUGUUCCCUUUCAUGGUUCCGUAUAUCACCUUGAUCACCUCAUUAGUGUCGGGAUCUCUUAUAAUGCGAGCCUCCCCUUCAGGUAUUUGAGCAGGAUCUUCUGUUUGUUCCACGUCUUCGGGUUUUACGGUGGCCGGGUCGUCCUUGGGACCAUCGCUAUACUUCUGCAAGGGCCUGUCGACUCCCCCGGCAAUGUGCCCAAGUUUGGCUCUUAAUCCAAGCUUCUUAUAGUUUUGCUGCAAUGUCAAGGAGCUAUCCCAUUUUUCUUUGAUUAAUGGGUUCGAGAAGAUCUUGACUCUUGCGUGUUUGUCCUUUAAUCGUCUGGUGUUCUUCUUGACCGAUGAACGGGCCAUCUUUCUCUUUCUAACGGAUGCCAUGCUGAUGUGUGUUGCGAUGCUUUUGAGAUGAGCUUCUC